AAAAUAUUUAUAAAUAAUUAUACAUUCUUGAUGGUGGUUGUUGUAGUUCUCCAAGUUUCAGCUCCAUACAGUAGAACUGCCUUGACGUUCGUGUUGAAGAUUGUGACUUUGAUAUUGGUUGCAAGUUGUUUUGAGUUGCAUAUGUUUUCCAACUUUAGGAAUGCAGCCCUUAAUUUGUCAAUCCUCGCCUUUACGUCUGCAUCCGAUCCUCCUUGAACAUCAAUGAUGCUUCCCAGGUACGUGAAGGAUUCCAUAUCUUCCAGAGUUUCGCCAUCAAGAAUGAUUAGACUGGUGUUCUCCGUGUUGUAUUUGGGGAUCUUGUUGUUUCCUUUGUCCAAGUUGAGUCCUACUGAUGCAGAAGCUUCUACUACACUAGUUGUCUUCAUCUGCAGUUGUUAGUGUGUAUUGAAUAGGAGGGCUAGGUCAG